CAUUUGAGGACUCGGUUUGGACGCGGAUGAGUCAGGAAUACGUAGAUGUCUGUUUAUGCUGGUAAUGUAGGUUUAAUUUUAAAGAAAUCUACGGUGCGAAUUGUUUGAAUUUUAAUUAAUCAUUCACGAAUUUAUUCAAUUUAAUGAAAACUACUGUGGUAAUGUGUGACAUGGCCUCAACGUUAGCAGGAUUAUUGUACUGUAAAGUUUACUGCUUGUAUACGUUUGUAAGACAUGGCUAGGGCAACACAUUCUCAAACGGGGAUGAUUUAUCUUCUACACUUGAAAGUUCUUGGGUUUGUCCAUCUUUUAUUGCUUGAAUGAAUGGCUUUCAAGGCUGUAAGUUGGAGGUAACAGGAGCAUGUUGAAAAAUUCUGGGCCAUUCACUGUGCUACAAGUUGUUACUACUGUAUACGUACAUUAUUCUUGAUGAACACCUUGGUUGAAAGAGGCCUGGUACAGACAUAAACUGUUGGCUAGUUGUAGGUAAACGAUGUCUAGUUUGUAGUGCACUCACGUUAAAGCUCUCCUACAAGGUCCUAUUUUGGGAUUAUCUUGAAGCUUUUCUUGUCUGUGGUUUAUAGAUACAUUGUGGCUCUAGUUGUAGCAACAUUUUUUUGGAAUGAUACUUUUAGUGAGGGUUGUUUAGAACCUAUUGUUGAAAGCUAGCCAUAGAAUGGAACUAAAAUAUGUGAUGUGAGACCACCUCACAGACCUAGGACCACCAGCAUCUUAUUUGUAUGCGUCCCUCAACUGUGACACAUCCCAACACAAGAACAAGAUCAUUUUAGAAAUAAAUAACAAAUAAGAUUGCAUGAUUGGAUGUGAAAUUGGAAUUGGCUGGGGUUUCUCUGGAGUUUGCGUGAUGAUGAGGUCGAAAUCAAAUUGAAAAUCAAAAUUUGAAGCUCUAUUUUGCUGUAAGAAUUGACACUUUAUACAUAAUACAUGAUGGGGAUUGUUCUUUCAUGUAGUAUUGCUUUUGCGUGGUUGGGGCCUCAUUUUAGGACACGGGACCCCUUACGCAUCGCUUAGACACUGAUACUCAUCACUACAAAGCCUUUUUUAGAGAAUUGUGCAUAAUUAUAUUUAUGUUAGUCAGUUUGUAAAUAGACGUGCAUCUUAGUGAUUGGGCCACACAUCGGGAACUGAGUCGCAGUUUAAUUUUUCUGACUUCUGUUCUUCGGCUGUAUAGCUCGUUUCUAUAUCUAUCGCGAGGCGCAUUAGGCCGGUGAGUAAACACAAACCUACCCGUAAUGCUCGCGAGGAGGCGCACACGCCUGGGUGAGUUGCGUGUGAUGCCAUGUGUUUUUGAGUCUUUGAGUUACUAAACUGCCAGUCAGUGAGAGGAGAACACGGGCGCCUUCCGUGCUAAAAGCCGGCAACUUGCACGUGAGCUGACAAAGGCACCUCUCAAGUUCACAGACAGAGACGUUUGCAAGAACUUUCUGUUGGACAUGUGUCCCAACGAGUUGUUUGUCAACACGAGAGCUGAUAUUGGUCCUUGUACCUUGGUACACUCUGUGGCUCUGAAACAAGACUAUGAGAAGGCGUCCAAAACGAAAGAUUAUGGAUUUGAGGAAGAAGUGAUGGUCAGCCUGCGUACUUUCAUCAAGGAUUGUGACAGAAAGAUCACACAAGCGAAGCGCAGACUGGAGGAGAAUCCUGUGGCACCAGAGAUACAAGAAAAGGCUGACAAGAUCCAUGACAUUGGAGAACAGAUUGGAGAGAAGUUGGCUAAAGCAGAGAAAUUAGGUGAGGAGGGAAACGUUGAAGAGUCCAUGCAGCUUAUGCAGGAGAUUGAAGACUUGAAAAUAGCCAAGAAAGAUGCAGAAGAGGACUACAAGAGAUCUGUGCCACCAUCUCAACUACAGCAACAACGUCUUAGAGUUUGUGAAGUUUGUGCUGCUUAUCUCAGCUUGCAUGACAAUGAUCGUCGACUUGCUGAUCAUUUUGGUGGAAAACUCCAUCUUGGGUUUGUUCAUGUCAGAACACGGCUGAAGGAACUUGAAGAUUUAGUUGCCGAGAAACAACAGCAAAAAGACAAGGAAAGGGAACGUGAAAAAGAAAGCAGAAGAGAUCGAGAUAAAGACCGAGAUCAUGACAGAGACAGGGACAAGGACAGGGACAGGGACAAAGAUAGAGACAGACGCCGAGACCGGGACAAAAAUCGAGAAAGAGACAGAGACCGUGAUCGAGAAAGGGACAGAGACAGACGCCGGUACAAAGACAGAGACGAAUAUGAUAGAGAUAGAGACAGGGACAGGGAUCGUCACAGGAGGAGGAGAAGUCGUUCGCGAUCCAGAGACAGGCGACGUAGCCACAGGGAUGGCCAUGAAGACCGUGUUCAUGGGAGAGAAAAGGAAGAUGAGAAGGAUUUAGAAACGGAAAAGGAAAAGGAAAAGAAGGAUAAAGUGGAGACAGACACAACUGUGUAUGAACUGUGAAGGGAGGAUGUUUUUGUUGAUUGUUGACUGUCAUGCAUUGUGUAAGUUAGCUAUUUGUAAUCUAUGUGCUGCUUGUUAGUGACUGUAGUAGAAUGACUCGUAGCAUUUCAUUCAGUCAAACAGCAAGUAAUCUGAACUCUGAACUUGCUUACAAUGUACGUAAUUGUAUGAUGUGGGAGAGUCGGUA